AUGAGUGAUGAGGAGUUAUUAUUGAAAGCAUCUAUGGUAGAAUUUUCACACAAAUAUGUCCCAAAAAUAGCAUUCAUGUUUUUGACACCAGGGCCAUCGCCACUUGCUGCUUUGUGGGACAUGCUCUUUAAUGGUCAUCAAGGAUUGUAUUCAAUAAAUGUUCAUCCGCAUCCUUCUUAUAAUGAUUCUCAUGUGCCUCACACUUCUGUCUUCUAUGGGAGAACAAUACCUAGCCAGCCAGUUUACUGGGGCACUAUAACCAUGAUAGACGCAGAAAGGAGACUUCUAGCAAACGCUCACUUCUCGAAUCAAAGAUUUGUACUACUCUCGGAUUCAUGCAUCCCACUAUUCAAUUUCACCAUCAUAUACAAUCACCUUCUCGGGUCAAACUUAAGCUUCUUAGCCUCGUACGACGAUCCUCGAAAACCUGGCCGCGGCCGAUACAACCACCUGAUGUGGCCGGACAUAGCAAUUGAACAAUGGCGAAAAGGGUCCCAGUGGUUCGAAAUUCAACGGGACCUCGCUGCGAAAAUUGUUUCCGAUCACAAGUUUUACCCUGUUUUUCAAAAACAUUGUCAAACUCCUUGUUGCAACGAGGAACAUUAUUUGCCAACUUUAGUGAACAUUUUAUAUCCUGAGAUAAAUUCUAACAGCACAAUCACUUGGGUUGAUUGGUCAAGGGGUGGCCCUCAUCCUAGGAAAUUUGGAUGGCAUGAUAUUACAGACGAGUUUUUGAAUCAAAUUCGAUUUGGCACUGAAUGUAUGUAUAAUGGGAAUAUUAGUACAACUAUUUGUUAUCUCUUUGCUAGGAAAUUUAUGCCGGAUGCAUUGGAGCCCUUGUUGCGGGUUGCGCCCGUGGUCCUUGGAUUACAUUUACAUCCUUAA